AUUUUUGCUGGGAUUGUUAUGAAUCAGUGGCAGCAUCUUCACGUGAAUGCAGUCAUAUUGAUACUGACUUCUUUUGAUCAUCUCAGAGUCAAAGGGAAAAACAGACCAUCAUCAGAAUGGAGUUAAUGGAAAUCGACGACGAGGAAAUAUAUAUAAAUAAGAACCUCACAAUGGAAGGCCUCAUUAAUAAAGAUUUACAGAGAAAGAAGAAGCCCUGUAGAUGUCUGACUUUGUGUCUUGGAUUACUGUGUGCUGUCCUAUUGGCUGGUAACAUAGGACAGUUUAUUUACUAUGAGAUGAUCAGCCGUCCCACAUCAGCAGACCCAACACAUGCCAGCUACAUUCAAGGAGAUCGACUGCAGAGUCAUGAUGCUUCAACUGAAGAGAGAAAACAGUUAGAGGCCCGACUGAGUAACCUGACUAAAGAAAGAGACCAGUUGCAGCGAAGCUACAAUUCUUUGACAACUCAAAGAGAUGAGUUCAAGGCCAGUUUAAACAAUCUGAAAAGUGAGAGGGAUCAGUUACAAGCAAGCUAUAAUGACAUGCAUAGAAAUCUUGAGGGGUUGCAGACAAAUCACAAUAAUCUGACAGCGAGUAAAGACCAGCUGCAGACCAAUUACAGUAGCCUGCAAAGAAAAAAAGAUGAGUUGCAGACUUUAUUUACUACGCUGAGAGAAAACAGAGAUCAGUUACAGAGCAAUUUCUCUUCACUGAAGAACAACAAGGACCAGUUGCAAAGAAGCUACAACACACUGAGUAUAAAUAGAAAUCACCUUCAGAUUAGCUACAAUUCAUUGUGGAAAGACAAAGAAGUAUUGCAAACCAGUUAUAAUACACUGCAGAGGAAAAUAGAGCAGUUGCAGGCCAAUUACAGUAGUUUGGCUACAGUUAGAGAUCAGUACAAGAAGAAGAUCGACAAAAUAAGAGGCAUGCCCUGUCAAACAGGCUGGAGGAAGUUUGACAUCAGCUGUUACUUUGUUUCAACUGCAAAGAAAAACUGGACGUUAAGCAGACAAGACUGCAUCGCAAGAGGAGCAGAUCUGGUGAUCAUAGACAGCAAGGAUGAACAGGCAUUUGUCAACGGGUUACUGAAAUCAGGCCAAAAUGCCUGGAUCGGUCUAACUGACAGUCUUAAAGAGGGGACUUGGAUGUGGGUGGAUGGGACUCCAGUCACCACUAUGUUCUGGCAGCCCGGGCAGCCCAACAGCUACAAUGGGAACCAGGACUGUGGAGAAACUGUGCAGAAAUCCCCAGGAGUGGGAGACUGGAACGAUGAUGGCUGUUUUUCCGAUCAGCCCGCAAUCUGUGAGAAAUAAGACCGCGAUGAUUUACCGGGUUGAUGAUAGCGUGUGGAUUUCGACUGUGCUACUAAUAUAGCCUACAUCUAUUAUGUACUGAUUCUGCGACAAUAGUAUUACCUCAUUAGCAGGAACCCAUACACUGCAGGGUUUUUUUGAGUCAUGUCACAUACACUUCCUGCUGCCAGAAUUACUCACUAAAAUACCAUUUGUGUAUUAAUCUGCAGUUGAAAGUAGUGCCCAACAAAUGCAUUAUUUACCCCUUUGUGAUUCACAGUUACUAAAAAAUACAGUGCCUAGCUGUUUUAGAAAAUUAUUUAGCGUUUUUUGAACAUGAUAGAAUAUAUUCACGGCACAUUAUUUUCUUCUUAAGUGGGAACCAUGGAUGUGGAGCCACCACAGUAAGGGCUCCUGCACACUGCCUGCGUGGCGUGAGCGUGUCAGCU